UUUUACUACAUAUUCAAAAUUGCAGCCUUUCUUUCCACUUCACAACAAUACUCGACUCGUUUUGUCCUCUCUCUCUCUCUUUCUCUCGUGUUCUUUUCUUCUGGCUAGGUUCAUUCAUUCACUCUUUUCUGCAUUUCUCAUGGAAAACAGCACCAUUUCAGCUCCUGCAAUCCCUGAAUUUGCAGGACAAAACCACUCCCAAACACACCAAAAUUACCACCAUUUGGAACCUGAUCAUCACCAUCAUCACGCUGCUCUUCCUUCUACCACCAUCCUUCUAAUAGUCAUUCCCAUCUUCAUAGUCAUUUUACUCCUAGCAAUCUUUCUAUUAGUAAUAAUGCUUCGAAAACUUCAGUUCCACAAGAGCCAUGGCAGCACCAAAAGCGGAAGCAUCAUCAGCAACAAGGACUGCAUGUUCGUUGCUCACAGCUCUAUAAACAUAGGCUCAAGUCCAGAUGUCAAAGGCGGAUGUUUGUAUGGAAGCAGUGCAACUAAUAUGGCUGCAUCCAAGCUUAGGGGCGUACAAGUUUUUACUUACAAAGAGCUUGAGAUUGCUACAAACAAAUUUAGUGCAGCAAAUGUGAUAGGAAAUGGAGGGUAUGGGGUAGUGUAUAGAGGGAUUUUGAGUGAUGGGACUGUCGCUGCAAUUAAGAUGUUGCACAGAGAAGGGAAACAAGGGGAACGUGCCUUUCGAUUAGAGGUGGAUUUACUUAGCUGCUUGCACUCACCUUACCUAGUGGAGCUUCUUGGCUAUUGUGCUGAUCAACAUCACAGGCUCCUAAUAUUCGAAUACAUGCCCACUGGAACUCUGCAGCAGCUUCUUCACUCUUCCAAUCCUCAAUUUGGUAGGACUUUGAACUGGGGAAUAAGGUUGAGAAUAGCACUGGAUUGUGCUAGAGCCCUUGAAUACCUGCAUGAAUACACAACCCCAUCAGUCAUCCACCGUGAUUUCAAAUGCAGUAACAUUCUUUUGAACCAAAAUUUCAGAGCCAAAGUUUCUGAUUUUGGGUUGGCGAAAAUAGGAUCAGACAAGCUGAAUGGUCUCAUUUCGACGCGCGUGUUAGGGACCACCGGAUAUUUGGCCCCGGAGUAUGCUUCAACUGGCAAGCUUACUACAAAAUCAGAUGUAUAUAGCUAUGGCGUGGUUCUUCUGGAGCUCUUGACAGGCCGCAUACCAAUUGAUACCAAGCGCCCUCCUGGAGAGCAUGUCCUUGUGUCAUGGGCUCUGCCAAGGUUAACUAACAGAGAAAAAGUGGUGGAAAUGGUUGAUCCAGCACUGCAAGGCCAAUAUUCCAAGAAGGAUCUUAUUCAGAUAGCUGCUAUAGCAGCCAUGUGUGUGCAAACAGAAGCAGAUUAUCGCCCUUUAAUGACAGAUGUUGUGCAGUCCUUAAUCCCUCUGGUCAAGAUUCUCUCAUCUAAAUGUCCCUCUGGUUCCUUCAGAUCUGUUCAAUCGGUCAGUCCAAGAAAGUAAUGCCAUUUGACUGCUGAAGUUGAGAUAUUUGAAAUCAGAAACAUACUACUAUGAACCUCCCAUAUCUUGUCCAUUCCAAGCACUUUUGAGUUGCAACUGCAAAGAAAAUUCACAGAAUCAACUCUUUGGCCUAUUCAGAAAUUGUAUAGGUUCUCUCCCAUGGCUCUAUCAUGACAGCUCCUUUCUGAGAAUGCUGAUUGGAACGCUCAAAAUGGAAGUAAUGAAAUCAGCGAGGCAAUCUGAAGCAAUAAAAAAGAUAACAGUCAGGGUGAAUUAUAUAAAUUUGUAUACCAGAUAAGUCUUGUAUAUUUUGUUUUGGUAGAUGAAAUCCGUUUUGGCUCUAUAAACAGGAGGUUGAAAAAUAAUAUAUAAUUCUUACUUAUAUUCAAAUUCAUUGUACACAGAAUUGUUAACAACUUCAUUUGCUCUGCUUCUUUCA